AUGUCGCGGCGGAAGCCGCUCACCGGUGGUUCGGAUACCCGUAUGCCGGCCCCAGCCGCGGCCAGGCAGGCAGUGUUGAGUCGAUUCUUUAAGCCAGCGGGACACCUGAAGUCCUGCUCCCUAACGGGAACAACUGGGAGCCCCAGCAGUGACUCUGCAGCGCUCCCGGAGCAGCAACAGCCACCGACCUCUGAAGUUAAUGGAUGUAAGAAGAGAACCCUGGAAUAUGAUGAACCUGUUAAGAAGAGAGCAAAACAAGCUAAUGGAAAUGAAGAAGAAAAUGAUGCUGGAAAGAUUGGGAAUUGGGAGCCACAGAAAUGUCUGAGGCCUAAAAUGGUUUUAAAGUCUCUGGAAAAAUUAAGAGAAUUCUGCUGUGAUUCUGAGCUUCCUUAUAUUAGAGCUCCAACUGAAUCACCACAAAGGAGACUGGCGAUUUUGCCAAAAUGUACUGAUUUUGAAGACAUCAGCAUACAUGCAAAGCAUACUGUACCCUCUGAAGAUUCCAGUUCUCGAAUGAGUCAGAAGGGAGGAUCACUCCUUGGAUUUGCUCAUUUUAUAUCAUCACAUAAAAGUCAUGAAAGCGUACAGAGUACCUCUGAGCCGAAACUUCCUAACAGAAGAACCAAAAGCAUUUAUACUCCAUUAGAACUACAGUACCUAGAAAUGAAGGAGCAACAUAAAGAUGCCAUCUUGUGUAUUGAAUGUGGAUACAAAUAUAGGUUCUUUGGAGAAGAUGCAGAGAUUGCAGCUCAAGAACUCAACAUAUACUGCCAUUUAGAUCACAACUUUAUGACAGCAAGUAUUCCCACUCACAGACUUUUUGUUCAUGUACGCCGCCUUGUGGCAAAAGGACAUAAGGUGGGAGUAGUCAAGCAAACUGAAACUGCAGCCUUGAAGGCUAUUGGAGAGAAUAAAAGUUCUCUGUUUACCAGAAAAUUGACUGCUCUUUAUACCAAAUCUACACUUAUUGGAGAAGAUGUGAAUCCUUUGAUCAAACUAGAUGACCCUGUACAUGUUGAAGAAAUAGCAAGUGAUACAUCUAACAAUUACCUCCUGUGUAUUUGUGAAAAUAAAGAAAAUAUUAAAGAUAAACAAAAGGGGAAUGUUACAAUUGGCAUUGUGGGAGUACAGCCUGCUACUGGUGAAGUUAUUUUUGAUAGUUUCCAGGACUCAAUAUCCCGUUCAGAAUUAGAGACCCGCAUUUUAAGAUUGCAGCCUGUGGAACUUCUGCUCCCAUCUGAGAUGUCUGAUCACACUGAGAGGUUCAUCAAGAGUGUAACUUCUGUCAGUGUACGGGAUGACAGAAUUAGAAUAGAAAGGAUGGAUAAUCUUUAUUUUGAAUACUCUCAUGCUUUCCAGCAAAUCACUGAGUUUUAUGCAGAAGUACUUGAUAUCAAAGCUUCCCAGAGUCUUUCUGGAAUCUUAAAUUUGGAUAAACUCGUGAUUAGCUCUUUGGCAGCAAUUAUUAGAUACCUUAAGGAAUUUAAUUUGGAGAAAAUGCUCUACAAUCCUAGAAAUUUUAAAAAGUUUUCAAGUGAAAUGGAAUUUAUGACAAUUAAUGGAACAGCACUGAAGAAUCUGGAGAUCUUACAGAAUCAGACUGACAUUCUGACAGAAGGGCCUAGUGUGCUAUGGCAGCUAGAUGAGACCAGGUGAGAUGAAGGCAGAAGAAAAGUUAAGAAAAUCCCAUCAUUUUGGCUUUAGAGGACUUUGAUGAAACUGCUGGAAAUAAAUGCUCGACUUGAUGCAGUGUCCGAGAUUCUUCUUUCUGAGUCCAGUGUAUUGGGUCACGUACAAAAUCAUCUGUGCAAAUUACCUGAUCUAGAGAGAGGACUCUGUAGCAUUUAUCACAAAAAGUGUUCCACCCAAGAGUUCUUCUUAAUUGUUAAAGCCCUCUGUCAUCUGAAGAUAGAAAUUCAAGCAUUAAUUCCAGCUAUCAAUUCCCAAGUUAAAUCAGACUUGCUCAAGAAAUUCCUUCUGGAAAUUCCUGAACUUCUCAAUCCAGUGGAGCAUUAUUUCAAUAUACUCAAUGAACAAGCCGCCAAAAUUGGAGAUAAAACCGAGUUAUUCAAGGACCUCUCAGAUUUCCCUUCAAUAAGUAAGAGAAAGGAGGAAAUACAAAUGGUUACUGCAAAAGUCAAUCUACAUUUGCAAGAAAUACGAAGAGUACUAAAAAAUCCUUCAAUACAUUACAAAACAGUGUUGGGACAGGAGUUUCUGAUAGAAGUAAAGAACUCUCUCACAUCUUCUAUACCAUCUGAUUGGGUUAAGAUCGGAAGCACAAAAGCUGUCAGCCGCUUUCACUCUCCUUUUAUUGUAGAAAAUUACCGACAUCUGAAUCAGCUCCGGGAGCAGCUAGUCCUUGACUGCAACACUGAAUGGCUAAAUUUUUUAGAUCAUUUCAGCGAACACUAUCACUCUUUGUGUAAAGCAGUUCAUCACUUAGCAACCAUCGACUGCAUUUUCUCACUGGCCAAGGUCGCUAAGCAAGGAGAUUAUUGCAGACCAAUUUUGCAAGAAGAGAGAAAAAUAGUGAUAAAAAAUGGUCGACAUCCUGUGAUUGAUAUGUUAUUGGGAGAGCAGGAUCAAUAUGUUCCCAAUAGCACAUAUUUGUCAGGGGAUUCUGAGAGAGUAAUGAUAAUUACUGGACCAAACAUGGGUGGAAAGAGCUCCUACAUAAAACAAGUUGCAUUGAUUACCAUCAUGGCACAAAUUGGUUCCUAUGUUCCUGCAGAAGAAGCUACAAUUGGGAUUGUGGAUGGUAUUUUCACAAGGAUGGGAGCUGCAGAUAACAUAUACAAAGGACAGAGUACCUUUAUGGAAGAAUUGACAGACACAGCAGAGAUCAUAAGAAAAGCAACGUCACAAUCCCUAGUGAUCUUGGAUGAAUUGGGAAGAGGGACAAGCACCCAUGAUGGAAUUGCCAUUGCUUAUGCUACCUUAGAGCACUUUAUUCGAGAUGUACAGUCAUUGACCCUGUUUGUCACACAUUAUCCUCCUGUGUGUGAAUUAGAAAAAAUAUAUUCACGAUGGGUAGGGAACUACCACAUGGGAUUCCUUGUUAAUGAAGAAGAAAGUACACAGGAACCAGGUCAGGAGGAUGAGGAAAUCCCCGACUUUGUUACUUUUCUUUAUCAAAUAACCAGAGGAGUUGCUUCAAGGAGCUAUGGACUAAAUGUAGCCAAACUAGCAGAUGUCCCUGGAGAAAUCUUAAAGAAAGCAGCUUACAAAUCAAAGGAACUUGAGAGAUUAGUCAAUGUGAAAAGGAAAAGACUGAAAUCUUUUGCAAAACUGUGGAAUGCAGCUGAUGCUACGGAAUUACAAGAAUGGACAAGCAUGGUUGAAAUUGAAUGAACAUCAGCCUCUUUUUGCUGUCUGAAAUGGAGAAUAACAUCACUGAAAAUACAGUUCAUUCAGACUGUUUUAAGACUAGUGAAAAAAGCCACAAAAUUAUGUUCAAUGUGGUUUUUUUAGUUCAAAUGGAGAUAAGUUUUAUGCAGACAGUCUUCUGCCAGGUUCUCAGCUCUUGGUCUUUUAAAUAAAAAUAGAAGCCAUAAUUUUGAUUAUGAAAGACAUUGGCUAUGCAACUAGACAACUGAUUGGCUCAGAAAUUUCUGCAGAAAAAAAUUACUAUAUACAUUAAUA